CCCGUCAGUCAGUCAGACAGGCAGGCAGUCGGUCCGAGCGGCUGGCUGCUCCUCGGCUCUCCCGAGCGGCGGUCUCCCUCUUCCCUCCCGGCCAGCGGCGGCGGCUGCAGCGGCGGCGGCGCGGUCCCCCGGGAGGCGCGGUGUGGGCCGAGCAGCGGCCGCGGAGCGUCGAGCCCAGCGCGGCGGCUGCGGCGGCCCGGCAGCCAACAUGGCGGCAGCGGCGGCGGCGGGCGCGGGCCCUGAGAUGGUCCGCGGGCAGGUGUUCGACGUGGGACCGCGCUACACCAACCUCUCGUACAUCGGCGAGGGCGCCUACGGCAUGGUGUGCUCUGCUUAUGAUAAUGUCAACAAAGUUCGAGUAGCUAUCAAGAAAAUCAGUCCUUUUGAGCACCAGACCUACUGCCAGAGAACCCUGAGGGAGAUAAAAAUCUUACUGCGCUUCAGACAUGAGAACAUCAUUGGAAUCAAUGAUAUUAUUCGAGCACCAACCAUCGAGCAGAUGAAAGAUGUAUAUAUAGUACAGGACCUCAUGGAAACAGAUCUCUACAAGCUCUUGAAGACGCAACACCUCAGCAACGACCAUAUCUGCUAUUUUCUUUACCAGAUCCUCAGAGGGUUAAAAUAUAUCCAUUCAGCUAACGUGCUGCACCGUGACCUCAAACCUUCCAACCUGCUGCUCAACACCACCUGCGAUCUCAAGAUCUGUGACUUUGGCUUGGCCCGUGUUGCAGAUCCGGACCAUGAUCACACCGGGUUCCUGACGGAGUACGUUGCCACACGUUGGUACAGGGCUCCGGAAAUUAUGUUGAAUUCCAAGGGCUACACCAAGUCCAUUGAUAUUUGGUCUGUAGGCUGCAUCCUGGCAGAGAUGCUCUCCAACAGGCCCAUCUUCCCGGGGAAGCAUUACCUCGACCAGCUGAACCACAUUCUGGGUAUUCUUGGAUCCCCAUCCCAGGAAGACCUGAAUUGUAUAAUAAAUUUAAAAGCUAGAAACUAUUUGCUUUCUCUUCCGCACAAAAAUAAGGUGCCAUGGAACAGGCUGUUCCCAAAUGCUGACUCCAAAGCUCUGGAUUUACUGGACAAGAUGUUGACGUUCAACCCUCAUAAGAGGAUUGAGGUGGAACAGGCUCUGGCCCACCCGUACCUGGAGCAGUACUACGACCCAAGUGACGAGCCCAUCGCCGAAGCACCAUUCAAGUUUGACAUGGAAUUGGAUGACUUGCCCAAGGAAAAGCUCAAAGAACUCAUUUUUGAAGAGACCGCUAGAUUCCAGCCAGGAUACAGAUCUUAAAUUUCUCAGGACACGGGCUCCGAGGACGGGCCACGCGCAGGCAUCGCUGUUCUUCCUCCCAGCUCCUGACCCCGGGCCCGUCUCCAGCCUGUCUCGGCGUGUCCACCUGACUCCUUUGAGCCGUUCGGAGGGGCAGUUUCUGGUAGUUGUGGCUUUUAUGCUUUCAAAGAAUUCCUUCAGUCCAGAGAACUGUUCCUGGCACCCCUGUGUGUGUCGCCCUCCGGUGACCUGUGGCAGUACGUACUUCAGGGCACCUACUACUCACCUUGCUUUAGUCACUAAUCGCCUUCUGAUUUGAAAGAUGCUGUGGUUCCACCCUCCCUAGUCCUCCCUCCCGAUGCCCUGCUGACCCCGCCGUCACCGUCGGUCACUGCGUCUCACCUUCCGGGAGGGCGGCCGCUCCUUGGGCACUUUAAGGCAGUGACGGCCCCUCUUUGCACUCCUCUCCCACCCUGCUGGGGCCCCUGCAGCUCGUGCUCCCGCCCCUGGACCCUGUGGGUGCUCGUCAGCACCUCUCCUCGUGUCAUGUUAAUCCCUAGCAGAUGUGAGGUAUAUGUACUGCUUGCCCAGCUUUUAGAAAAUUCAGUCCUUUUUCUAAAUAAAAGGAAGAAGUCCUGCAUCGGGCAGUUCCACCUGUACCAUUUACAGGGGCACAACACUUGCCAAAAUGUGUUAUAUGCAGUUCUGGGUGUUUGUAAGACUUAUGCAAAAAGACGUAAAGUGGCAGCUUCUCUCGGGAUUUGGUGAGAGGUGCGCGAGGUCAUGCAGGCUGCCCAGUUGGCGUGGGGCUGAGCUCCACGCCCAGUGGGCACAGGUGCCACGGGCACUGUGGCCAUGCUCGACGCCUGAGGGUCUAGCGGAGAGGAACACUGCAUCUUUCAAUGAGAAAGUGUACACUUCCUUUUCCUCCUACAGCAUGUCAGCAUCUCAAGUUCAUUUUCAACCUACGAUAUAACAGUUUGUAAUAAAGCCUCCGUGAGCUCAUGACUGGAGCACUGUUCUGUCGUCAAGUGCUCGCUCACGUCUCUGACAUCACCGAGCUCAGGCCGUCAGGAGCAGCUAGCACUAGGUCCUGCGUGCGUGGAGCCCUAGCCCCUGCCCUCCUGAGCCCUCUAGUGUUUGUUCCCGCCGCCGCACCCUGUGGUGUGGACUCGGUGUUCUGUCCCGGUGCGGUGCCUCCUCUUGACUCCCCCACUGCUCUCUGUGGUGAGAAAUCUGCCUUGUUCAGUAAUUACUGUACCCUCGCAUGACUGUUACAGCUUUCUGUGCGGAGAUGACUGUCCAAGUGCCACAUGCCUAUGAUUGAAACAAAAAAUCUAUUGUUACCUCUGAGUUGUGUUCCACGGAAAAUGCUAUCCAGCAGAUCACUUAGGAAAAAUAAUUCUAUUUUUAGCUUUUCAUUUCUCAGCUGUCCUUUUUUUCUUGUUUGAUUUUUGACAGCAAUGGAGAAUGGGUUAUAUAAAGACUGCCUGCUAAUAUGAACAGCAAUGCACUUGUAAUUCAUGAAAAUAAAUGUACAUCUUCUAUCUUCAUAUUCAUGUUAAGAUUCGGUGUUGAUUUCCUCUGGAUUAGCGGGUCCAAAUGGACCGUCAGGCUCAGUCUGUGCUUUAGAACAGAAAGGCUUGCAGGCCUCCCCUUCCCACCGGGCACUGCCUGAACACUUUGCUUUACGUCAGGUGAUUUAGAAAGGAUUUCUGGAGGGUUCUUUUUUCCUUCCACACAGCAGAGAAUCAAUUCUGACAUGUUUGUUUCUUCAGAUCAUAGGUCUGCAGUGUUCUGUCAGGCUCUGAUGAAGCCGCCCAGAUGUCUCAGGUUGGAUUCUCUGAUUCUUUCUAAAGAGGGCUGGCCUGUGUCCCAGUUGAGUGCUGGGAAGGGCUCCACCCCCACCCCCCAGCCCAGCGUGCUGGUGAUCACACCUCACGGGCCAGAGCAGGUGGCUGACUCAUCCUCAGAAAUCAAAACUAUGUCUAGGUUUUUGCCCUGAGAUACGUGAUUUUCACCUCCAUGGACAGAGCUGCCUUGUGAAGGUCCACACAGCAUUGAAAAGAUACAGAGAUUUGACUGUUCCUCGAUACAUUUUUAAAGGAGCAUUGAUAGUUUUAUUGCUCUUGUUUCUUUGUACUUUUUAAAUGGAAUGUUAGCAGUAUUAUGAGGUUAACCUGCAGUCCUCUAACUAGAAAGAAAGCCAUAGCCUUGGUUACUAAUCCCUGGGGACUCUAGGCUCUUUCCCCUCCCCCUCACUGGUACCAUGGAGUCAGAUGGGCAUGAAACCACUAACUGCGUCCUAGAGUCCCUGUAGCCACAGGUUGUGUGCUUUUUACUAAUCAUGCCAAACUUGGUUUAACAGGUCAGGGAAUUAUCUUAACCAAGGUACCUGUGAAAAGUACUAGCUGUUAGGUGUGAAAGACUCAUCAUUUGGAUCUUUCAUCUCUAAAAAUGUACAGGUUAGGUCAUCUAAAUUCAUGCUGGUGAUCCCGAACGCCUCCAUUACUGCUCCGCGCAGAUAAGUUUCAGACUGAUGGCUUUUUUGGUGUCUAAAAUGUAAGCAAAAAAUUCCUGUCGAAACAUUCCAGUCCUUUCACUUAGUAUGAAACAAAAUACCUAGCAAGCCAGCGGGAUGGACUUGAGAGAACUCAGAACAACUGUGCAGAUACAGCCUUCAAAGCUGGUAGAGACACGCAGACCGUGGACGUGAGGGUAGAAGAUCACUGCGUUGGUGCGCGGUGUGUUCACGUGACUCCUGCUACUGCAGGCACAGCGACGGGUGUGGCGGGGCCACAGUGGUUGGUGGCUGUCCCUGAGGCAGACAGGUGUACUGCCUACGACAAGCCGAGUACCAGUCACGCGCAGACCAUUCAGAGGAGACUGACCUUUAUUUGCUUACGUGUUAAUACAGUUUUUAAAUUGGUAAUUUUUCUAUAGUAUGGUAAUAGUAUGUUAAUACACAUACAUAUGCACACAUGCUUUGGGUCCUUCCAUAAUACUUUUAUAUUUGUAAAUCAAUGUUUUGGAGCAAUCCCAAGUUUAAGGGAAAUAUUUUUGUAAAUGUAGUGGUUUUGAAAAUCUGAGCAGUCCUUUUGCUUAUACGUUUUAAAGCAUUUGUGCUUUAAAAUUGUCGUGCUGGUGUUUGAAAUAUGAUCCUCCUAGUACAGAUGAGAGGCGUGUUCCACCAGAGGAAAAACGCCGUCUCCCUCACUGUGGCCGGCUUGGCAUCAUGGGUCAGAGACGGGAAAUCCAGAGGGAUACUGUAGGCUUGCACCAGCUUCCCUGAAGCCUGUGGCCUUUUCUGUGCUGUUUAUCCAUGUAGAGCACUCAAGAUCUGAAACUGCUUUGUUAUCUGCUUUGUACUGUUGGUGCCUUCUUGGUAUUGUACCCCAAAACUCUGCAUAGAUUAUUUAGUAUAAUGGUAAGUUAAAAACAAAUGUUAAAGGAAGAUUUUAUUAAGAAUCUGAAUGUUUAUUCAUUAUAUUGUUACAACUUAACAUUUAUUUGUGGUAUUUGUGAUUUGGUUAAUCUGUAUAAAAAUUGUAAGUAGAAAGGUUUAUAUUUCAUCUUAAUUCUUUUGAUGUUGUAAACGUACUUUUUAAAAGAUGGAUUAUUUGACUGUUUAUGGCACCUAACUUGUAAAAAAA